AUGGAAGAUGAAAACCAUAGUUUCGACCACGAACAGGAAAAUCACUAUGAAGAAGACCAUCACGAUGAUCACGAUCACGAUCAUGAUCAUGAAGACGACGAUCAUGAAAAUAAGGAGAAUCCUGAACCCCGGAAUGACAGACCGUAUGCCCACAGUGAUAGAUUCGAUGGGGAUGCCGAUAAUGAGCGUGUGUUUGACUUCCACCAGAAGCGACUGCAGGAACAGGGUGAUCUCCCACCGCAACCACCGCACCACCAGCGUCCAAGCCGCUCCACGAGUUUUCUCGGCCGCACACACGACACCGCUGGUCACUCCAGUGUGGCUCCCACCGACGCGGCGUCUAAUCUCCGCUUCCGCAGCAUUAUUUCCUCUGCGCGUUAUUCCGCCAUGCGCCGCAGCGUUGGCGGCGGGUCUGUGAAUUACGACAACGCGAGCGCCGGCCUCACGGAGGGCGAACGCAUUGCGAUGGAGCAGAUGGCCGAGCGCGAGGAGCGGCGGCAGUCCGCCCUUCACCGGGCAGCGGAGGAGGAGGAGCGCCGCGAGCAGAUGCUGAUCCAGAAUGAACUGCAGAAGGAGGCCGCCACCCUGCAGCGCAUCGUCGAGUUGGAGGAGAAGAAACAACAAGUCUCCCGCGAGCGGCAGGAGCGCACACUCACACGCAUGGAACAGGCCAAACAGCGGCGUCUCGCGAUGGAGCGCGAACGGCAGGCAAAACUGGACGAAAUUCAACGACGACGGGAGGAACGGUUGGUGCACCGCGACCCCUACGCCGCCUUUCUCACAAAGGGAAAGUACAGGGGGCCAAGUACCCUCACAAGUGAUUAA